AUGGGGAGUGUUGGUGGCGGUGAGGGAAGUGUGUGCCAGUCAUCAGCAUCUUGUGGUCAGCUCAUGGGGAGUGCUGGUGGCGGUGAGGGAAGUGUGUGCCAGUCAUCAGCAUCUUGUGGUCAGCUCAUGGGGAGUGCUGGCGGCGGUGAAGGAAGUGUGUGCCAGUCAUCAGCAUCUUGUGGUCAGCUCAUGGGGAGUGCUGGCGGCGGUGAAGGAAGUGUGUGCCAGUCAUCAGCAUCUUGUGGUCAGCUCAUGGGGAGUGCUGGCGGCGGUGAAGGAAGUGUGUGCCAGUCAUCAGCAUCUUGUGGUCAGCUCAUGGGGAGUGCUGGCGGCGGUGAAGGAAGUGUGUGCCAGUCAUCAGCAUCUUGUGGUCAGCUCAUGGGGAGUGCUGGUGGCUCUGUGGUAGGAGAGCACAACGUUUCAGAAUACGGUGGAGGUGUGUCGAGGGAGGUGAUGUGUAGAGGUGCUGGGGUGCGUGUAUCAGUCAUCAGAGUCUCUUGUGAUGGUUCAGAUGCAGGCACACACAUCCAGCAGGCUGUAGUGGAAUGCAUUGAGCUUCCGAGAGUAGCUGUGUGGUUGAAGUGA